UCGGAAUUCAUUACCCUCAUAAUCGGCAACAAUCGGUAUAAGCUUCCACAGGAAUUUCUUGGCAAAUGCCCACAGCUUCAGCGCCAAUAUCUUUGGUGUUCAGAAAUUACAUUGCCAGAUGUUUACGAAGAGGCUGGCCAUACUUUGGUGCAUUUCUUAUAUUCCGGGAAUUAUGAGACGAUACGCUCGCCACCCGAUAUUGACACCAUCUCAGAAGAGUACAGGAGAAGCAUCCUAGUUUACCAUGCAUCCAGAAAGUGUGAGGUUCCGGGGCUCGAAUCCCUUGCCAAACAUUAUAUUGAACACUUCGGUCAAGAACUGUCUCUUUAUGACGUGUUUCGCCUAACAAGAGAUGUAUUUUCAACCCUUCCUGAAGGCGAGACUUGGCUCCCGAAUUACAUCAAGGGUCAUUUACUACGUCUGAAGCUUGGAACUCCAAACGCCAACCUAUCAGAGCUUUAUAGUACUCUUGGUCAUGAUCAUUAUUUUGAUAAUACCGUGAUGAAAAUGGUGGUUGACAUGCUCUCCGUACACAAUUUGGAUGUUGCAUUGAAAGAAGAGCAUACCCCAGAGCCUAUUGCAGAGCCUACCGCAGAGCCUACCGCAGAGUCUACCCCAGAGCCUGCCCCAGAGCCUGCCCCAGAGCCCGAUCUAGAGCCUAUCGCAGAGUCUGCCCCAGAGCCCGAUCCAGAGCCUAUCGCAGAGUCUGCCCCAGAGCCUACCCCCGAACCUAUUGCAGAGCCUGCCGCAGAGCCUGUCGAAAACUGGAUUUUCCCUGAGGCAUCUUCUCUAGAGUUUUGGUCUGAUGCCCCUUUGCCUCUACACGAGGCUCCCGCUGCCGAAAAUUUAUCUAGUACCGAAGCACCUCUUGUUGAGACUUCUGUUGAACUCCAGCUUGACCAGAAUCAUUUAACGGAAAUUUCAUUAGCGGACUUAGCUUUGUACACCAAUUGGGAAGAACUCAGUGGCAAAGAGAGAGCUCGAAGAAAGAGAAAGCUUGCGAAAAGGGGUCUUCCAAUUCCAAGCGAGGAUGGUGUAUCAUUUCAAUCUUUGUGA